AUGAACUCAACCGAGGCAUCCAAGGAGGCUCAGCAGCGCUACUGGUUGAUCAGCACUCCACGAACGGCGUCAACCAUGCUCGUCAAGAUCCUCAAUCUUGACGAGCAAGGCGUGCGGAAAGCCAUGAAUGGCGGAUACUUCUUCCUCCCCUCCAUACGCACACGAUUCACUCUGCACGCCAAGCCCGCGACUGAGUGGACCGAUGAGGACAAGAAGAACCUCAACGAGACGAUGCAGCAAUGCUUUGAUAACCUGCAGGAUUACCUCAAGAACGCGGAAGCACAGAAACAGCACAUCUUUGUGAAAGAGCAUGCUCUCCUGGUGGCCCAUCCUCUUCACGAGAACGAAUUCGUGUUUGGGGCGGGAGCCGCAGGUGGCGAGAUCAAGUCCAUGUUCCAGACAGGCUCGCGCUCAGAGCACAACAAGACAGUCCACACGGACGAGUUUCUCAAGACGUGGAAGCCGACUUUCGUCAUCCGCCACCCUGCGAUGAUAUUCUCGUCCAUGUACCGGAUGAGCCGCAUGGAGGCCUUCAGCUUCACGGGCGGCGAGCCCCACCAGAUUCAGGCGACGCUGCACUGGGCGCGUUGCCUGUACAACUUCUACGAGGACUACUACAAGGAGGACAGCCAGUGGCCGCUGGUGCUAGACGCAGACGACGUCAUGCAGCACCCGGAGAUCGUGGCCAAGUACGCCCGGCUCGCCGGGCUGAACCCGGACAACCUGCUCUUCUCGUGGGGCAAGAUGUCGCAGGAGGAGCUCGACAAGAUUUCCAAGAUGGAGCAGAGCGCACAGAGCUUCCUGUAUUCGAGCAACAAGGUGGAUCUGAGCAAGGUGGCGGGAGAUAUCGAUAUUGAUGCCGAGGCUGUCAAGUGGAAGGAGGAGUUCGGGGAGAAGCAUGGUGCUAACCUGGAGCGCCUAGUGCGUGCGAACUUGGACGACUACGAGUACAUGCGGGCCAGGAGGCUCACGCUGGACUGA